UGUGUGGGUCGUGCGCGAAAACUAAAUCUGAUCCCAGAUCAUCCGAAGUUUUAAAAAAGCAGACAAGCUCAUGAUUCCAUAGCUGCGCCGCGCGGUGCAUUCUGGUAGCAGUUGAAAGAUUCAAGAUGGCGGCGAGCAGGAGACUACACAAGGAGCUUGAAGAAAUCCGCAAAUCUGGGAUGAAAAACUUCCGUAACAUUCAAGUCGAUGAAUCAAACAUAUUGACAUGGCAAGGUCUCAUUGUUCCAGACAACCCUCCGUACGACAAAGGGGCGUUCAGGAUCGAGAUCAUCUUCCCUGCAGAAUACCCUUUCAAGCCACCCAAGAUCACAUUCAAAACAAAGAUCUACCACCCCAACAUUGACGAGAAGGGACAGGUCUGCUUGCCUGUCAUUAGUGCAGAGAACUGGAAACCAGCCACCAAAACUGACCAAGUAAUUCAGUCGCUCAUUGCCCUGGUGAACGACCCACAGCCAGAACACCCUCUGAGGGCCGACCUAGCAGAAGAAUACUCAAAAGACCGUAAAAAAUUCUUUAAGAAUGCAGAAGAGUUUACAAAGAAACACGGCGAAAAGCGGCCAGUGGACUAACAAUACCAGACAAGUGUGUAGCCCCAGACCCCUCCUACUCCUCUGAUCCUCUUCCCCUCGCUCUACUACCUUCCUCCCAACACCCAAACGAUAUCCUCUCUCCUUCCCUCCCGCUUUCCCUCCUUCUCCUCUCCUUUCCACGUGUCACUCUAGUCGAGCUGGAGAAGUACAGCGCAGCUGCAGCCUCCGUCUUGAAGCAGGACGCCGAGAGGACAUCCGAUCUGAGUUUCUGGUGUUAGCUUGAGGCCCUUACUAACUUUCUACUAUGUUGUUUAUUUUUUUUUUUCCUUUCUCAACUUUGAAAGCAUCAAAAAUAUUUGGUUAGAGGAUAACUUAAGACAAAGAAGUUGGAAAUUGUACAGGGCGUUUCAGUAACGAAUGCUGUUUGACCCUUUUGUAAUGAGAAAAUGAAAUCAUUGCAUUAUUACACAAAACUUUCAAAAAUUACUUUUUGGAAGUGACGCUUCAUUCAAAAACAAAGAUGGAUUGUAAUUUAUCAUGUACAUUUAUUAUUAUUAUUAUGUUGUUGUUGUUCCCUCUUCUUACAUUUUUGCUCGUUGAUUUUCACAAAAACGAAAAAGGAGGCGUUGAGGAGGAAUGGAGGUUUCGCAGCGACGACGACCGAUUAUUUCAUAUAACCUUUUUACUUUCACUGCACUUGUCGGGUUGCACGGUAUGUCUAAAGAAAAGGCAACUUUCAGCCCUUUACCAAGCCUCGAAUCGGCAAAACCACUGUAAAGUCAGUAACGAAAGGAGCCGGUAUUGCUAUGACAUACGUUUUUUUUGUUUCACAAAAAAAAAAAAAAAAGGAAGGAUGAAAACAGCGCUCUUUGUGUGAGUGAACAUAAUUUUCCAUGAUGAUCACUAAUUUUAAACAUCUCUUUUAACAUGUUUCAUAGGAAAUUCUUGUAUAUUGUUGAUCAUUUGGGUUUAAUCAUGGAAAACGGCCCCUAGAUUUACAGAGAUGUACGCUACUGAGAAUUAUUAUUCUUCCCAUUUUCUCCCAACACAGAAUAAAACACAGUAGUUGACCGUGA